UUGUUUUUAGCAUCGCACCAGAAUGCGGCGAAGAAAGUUCCAGUGACGCCAAGCCGGGAGGCAGUCGAGACGCCAAGCAGGGAAGGAGUGGAGACGCCCAGCAAGGAAAAUAUAGAGACGCCGAGCAGGGAGGGAGUGGAGACGCCCAGUAAGGAAAAUGUAGAGACGCCGAGCAGAGAGGGAUUGGAGACGCCCAGUAAGGAGAAAAUAGAAACACCCAUCAAGGCGAAAAAUCGGACGGCCGUCAUGGACAUUAUGCAGGCGCCCAUUAAGUUGACUGUAGGUUCGGGCAGCAAGGAGAAAGUAGGGCGACCCAGCAAGGAGAAGGUAGAGACACCCAGCGAGUCAGCAGAGACACCCGGAACAGUGACACCUGGAGCAGUGACACCUUCCACGGAAAGAACAAAAAAAGAACAAGAACAAUCUAAAGUGGAGAAGACCAGUGGCAUGACCAUAACGCAGCGACCGUCACAAGAAGAAGAACAGCUGGCGGAGGAUGCAAGGAAGGAACAGCGGAAAUGGCCUUCGUGGAACUUGUCCAAGAUGGCUUUUUUCGUAUCCGUAGGUGAGUUGAGAAUUUCUGUCAACUGCUUUUUGUUCAUAAUUCAUCGUUUUUCACUCUUAUUUUGA